CACCUCCGCCCACCCUCGCCCCCUCCCUACCGGCACCGCCCAGAUGGCCUGCUCCCACAUCGCCGCCGCGGGGGUCUCCUCCCCCGCCGCAGCGGCGGCUCGUUCCCCGGCGCAUUCUCCCGCUUCCGCCUUCGCGCGCCUCCGGUCGACGCCUCGUUUCGCGAGCGCUGGCUUGUCGGUUAAGGGAAACGGAGCGGCGUUCCCGUUGGUCGCCGCCGCGGGGCCGGCCGCGGCGGCACCGGUGGCCGACCUGGACGGCCGCCCGGCCACGGAGAAGCAGCCCAUCAUCGUCAUCGACAACUACGACAGCUUCACAUACAACCUCUGCCAGUAUAUGGGGGAGCUUGGAUUGAACUUCGAAGUAUACCGCAAUGAUGAACUGACCAUAGAAGAUGUGAGAAGGAAGAACCCAAGGGGAAUACUUAUUUCUCCAGGACCUGGUGAACCACAAGAUUCGGGAAUAUCAUUGCAGACUGUUCUUGAAUUAGGCCCAACCAUCCCAAUUUUUGGAGUUUGCAUGGGUCUGCAAUGCAUUGGAGAGGCAUUUGGAGGAAAGAUUAUCCGUGCUCCUUCUGGAGUGAUGCAUGGGAAAAGCUCUCCAGUUUAUUACGAUGAGGAAUUAGGAAAGGCAUUGUUCAAUGGCUUGCCAAACCCUUUUACUGCCGCGAGGUACCACAGCUUGGUCAUUGAGCAAGAAACCUUCCCACAUGAUGCUUUGGAGGCUACUGCAUGGACUGAAGAUGGACUUAUCAUGGCUGCUCGCCACAAGAAGUACAAACACAUCCAGGGUGUCCAAUUCCACCCGGAGAGCAUCAUCACCCCUGAAGGCAAGAAAAUCAUCCUCAACUUUGUCAGAUUCAUUGAGGAACUGGAGAAGCAGCGUUCGUAGGGGAGGUAGACGCGACAGGUGGUUUCAUUUCAUAGAUCAGACGGAAGCAGAGACAAGGCGCUUAAAGCUGCGCCAGGUUCCGGGGCUGGCAGUUGAAGCAUAGCUAGGAAACAGCUUUCCCUCUCUUAAUUCGUUGUGUUCGUGGUGACAUAAUCUGUGUGCGGACCGAAUUUAGAAUAAAGUACAGGCGUCCGUCUGAUCAAAUAAGCACCGGUGUUGGUGCUCUAUAGAUGAAUAUAUCCGGUGAUUUUCGGCAUGGGAGGCAUUGGCACAUUUUUGUCUGAGUUCUGGCGGUAGCAAGACCGGAGUAAUAACCAUCAGGCGUUUCUAUGUUGGUUACGUGCCGCACGCAGGCCGGGCGUGCGGAGGAUUUAUGCCCUGAGAGGCUGAGACUAUCUCCCUCGUCCCUUAUUUUAAACAGUAUCAUUAUACAAUUCCGCGUUACCUGC